UGCUCGCGAUUGCGAGCCGUGCAACAAAUGCUGUGCUUUUAACUCGGUUAAAAAGCAUUCAAAGCCGCUGGCGGUUAAUUAUGAUCUGAUUAAUGAACUCGCUUCUCAUUCGAACUUGUUUAUUUUAUAACGGGAUAAGACAUUCUGGUGUUGUGGACGUCGCCAUCUUUGAUAUUUACGUUAGUCACUGUUAAUGGUUUUCUUCAAAUGCGUUCUGAUAAAGAAAGAAAGUCAUACACACUGGGAUGGCAUGAGGAUACCACUUGAUGGCUGUCCCGAGACCCAUGGGCAUCGACCUCCUCACCUGUGUAUGAGGCCACAACUUCAAGAAAACAACUAGACCCACUGCCAAGCCCAGUAUCACAAGAAGAAGGAAAAAAAAAAAAAAAAAAAUACACAACACAGAGACUCACAUACGGAAUCUUCAGUCAUCCAUCAACAUGAUCAAGAUUGUCACAUUUCUAACCAUCAUGGACAUCACACAAAGUGUGGACUCCAGAAACAACAUAUUCUUAGAGCUGAUGAAUAUGUCAAGAAGUGCCUUGUUUGCAGGAAAGGACAUUUGCAUGCCACACGCACCCUCAGUAGGAGCAGGAAUCCCAUGGGUGGCACACCCUAUCUCCAAAUGUGACACGUGUACCUUCUUUGAUCAUCAUACCAGUGGAUUAUACAACAAGGAUACAUGUCACAAUGUAACAGUUCCUCCACCCUCUCCAUGUUGCAUUCCUGGAUUACCAUCCUGCAACCUAACUUCAGCUCCUCCCAUUAUGACAGAUCUACUUUUGCCAAUGACUUUUCCUUGGUGUAUGGAAAAUUAUGCUCCAGCCUCGACUCCCUUGGGUGAAAUUCCUCGUGAACUUUGCAGCUUUGUGGUCGAAGUGAGAACAAAAUCCCAUGUAGACAUUACUCCAUCAGCAGGAAAAGAGGACAAAGACUUAGAAGAGUGUCUCCACAGGACACCAUCCCUUCCAAAACUCUUGGCAAUAAAUCAGUGGUGUAUGAUUCCUCCACCGACUGGCAUUUUUUGGUUAUGUGGAACUUCUGUCUACAAUAUUCUACCCAGUCGAUUCAAUGGCAGGUGCACCCUGGUUUAUGUUUUACCGGCUAUCAGAGAAAAUACACACUCCACCCCAAGCUCUACACAUUUACAAAAUUCACCACCUUCCACAAACAAAGAAGAUGGCUGCAUUCCAGGACUCACUUGUGCACAAACAUGGUGGUCGAGAACUCUUGGAGCAAUAAUCCCGUCUUAUGGUGUCAUGCAGGCCCUUGAUCAAGUCAGAAGCUUAUCAAAUUCUGUACAGAAAUUGGCCAAUGAUACGGCUUUGGCCCUUGGUAACAUCAAGGACACUCUCGCUUCACACAAGAUAAUGAUCUUACAGAACAGAGUAGCCUUGGAUUACAUUCUAGCAACGCAAGGGGAGCCUGCACCAUUAUCGGCCCCGAGUGCUGCACCGGUUUAAUGGAUCCAACAGAGAACUUGAACAAAAUCCAACAAGACAUUCUUGAUCUUGCAGCAAAUUUACAUCAGAUGACUGAAAAUAAUUCUUCAUGGUUUGGAAACUUGCUAGGUAAACCCUGGCUGUGGAUAAAGGAAAUAGCAAUUCUGCUGUUCUUUUUCCUACUGGUGUACUAUUUAUGCGUCCACAGUAUCAAGUGUUUCAUUCAACAAAUGACUCAAGCACCUCAUGAGAAAAUAACAGUUCCAACCAGAAAAGAUUAUUACCCAUAAGAAAUUCACGGACCCUAAUUGCAUGUUUGUUCUGUGUCAGCAUGCAAUCACAGAAAAAAACAACACAGAGCAAGUGCUAUGUGCCUGUAACGAUCACAAGUUACAAGAAUGAACUUUUAAGUGUCUAAAUUUUUAUUUUGUGAGAGUUAUUAGAACUCUCAAAGGGGAAUUGUUGUAUUACAAAUUUAUAAAAUGUUAAACACAAUCAUAUAUAUAAACUGGGAAAGUAGAGUAGACUGCAUUUAGCAUUUAAGGUAUAAAUGAUAAAUAUAUCAGCUGUUAGAAAGAGUAUUCCAGCAAGAGAUUUCCUUCCAGUUCUGUUCUCUCUAUUGUAAAUUAAAUUAGUCAGACUACUGACAAUCUCAUCCUCUGUCUUUUAAUGGCUAUUGGAGCCCCAGCCCCAGUUGUCUAAAUAGUUAGGCUGAUUGGAUUAGCAUCUCUGUAUCUGAAUAGUUAUGCUGAUUGGAUUAGGACUGGUAACAAUCUAGAGUCUAGGGUGGGUUUCCUAUGCCUGUAUACAUCAUUUGCAUGCUUUAAAGUUAUCACCUGGGUGCUUUGUGUCUAUCUCUAAGCACUGCCUUCUAAAUGCAUGUAUAAAUUACAAUGUAAAGUUCCCUUAGUUAGAUGUUGGUCCCUGC